AAGGGAUUCUCUUCUCUGCAGUUGCUAUGUUACAACAGAGCCAGAGAAGUGGGCGUGUCUUCCAGGAAAAUUAAUCUGCAGCUGUUUUCACUUUUCUUGACACGCAGCACCAGGGUUUCUGGGGAAGCCUCCUGCAGUGGUCACUGCCAGCCUGCAGUCUCCGCUGCCAGACAGAGUCCAUCCUUCUGCUGACUUGCUCCUGGAAACAGUAUCAACAUGGUGCGUUCUAGUGGCUUACUCACUGGUGUUAAGGAUCCAGUGGCACUGAAGAGCAUUGCUGUGACUCUGUCCAUUAAUGACUUUGUGGCUGGUGUGUCUGCAACCUUAAAUUAUGAGAACGAGGAGAAAGUCCCCUUGGAGGCCUUCUUUGUGUUCCCCAUGGAUGAAGACUCUGCUGUCUACAGCUUUGAGGCCUUGGUGGAUGGGAGGAAAAUUGUGGCAGAAUUACAGGACAAGUAUCAGGCCCACAAAAGGUACGAAGAGGCCCUAGCUGGGGGAUAUCAGGCAUACUUAUUAGAAGAAGACAAGUGCUCCAGGGAUGUCUUCCGUUGCAAUGUGGGGAACCUGCAGCCAGGGUCAAAGGUGGCACUCACCCUGAAAUAUGUGCAAGAGCUUCCACUGGAAGAUGAUGGGGCCCUGCGUUAUGUGCUCCCAGCAAUCCUGAAUCCUAGAUACCAUCUCUCUGAUCAAUCUGAGGAGAGUUGCCUGGAUCUGAAGACCCCAAUAGUACCUUUGGAGGACCUGCCCUACACACUGAGCAUGGUUGCCACCAUCAGCUCCCAGCUUGGUAUCAGGACAAUCCAAUCCAACUGUGCCCUGAGUUCCAUCAACUACAAUGGAGAGAGCAGGACCUCUGCUCAGUUUUCCUUGGCUGAAGGACACAAGUUUGACCGGGAUGUAGAACUCCUAAUUUUCUACCGGAAGGUGCACAGCCCCAGUGUAGCUGUGGAGAUGGGGAUGCCCGAAAGGGAAUCAGAUAGUUUAAUGGGAGCACCUUCUGCAAUGGUGAGUUUCUAUCCAAAUAUACCAGAAGUGGAAACCUCAACAAAAUGUGGAGAAUUUGUGUUCCUUAUGGACCGUUCAAGAAGUAUGAAGAGCCCCAUGAGUGGCCAGAACAGGUCUCAGCUGAGAAUAGAUGCUGCCAAGGAAACACUGAUUCUGCUACUGAAGAGUUUGCCCAUGGGCUGCUAUUUCAAUAUCUAUGGAUUUGGAUCCACCCAUGAGGCGUUUUUCCCGAUGAGUGUGAAGUACACUCAGGAAACCAUGGAGAAAGCCGUGGAGAAAGUGAAGCUUAUGCUGGCAGAUCUAGGAGGGACAGAAAUUUUAACACCACUCCGCAAAGUUUUUAGGAAACCCCCCAUUCCAGGGCAUCCCUUACAGAUCUUUGUCUUCACAGAUGGAGAAGUUGCAGAAACUUUUAAUGUCAUCAGAGAAGUUAAGUUCCACAGCAAAAGGCACAGAUGUUUCUCAUUUGGCAUUGGAGAAGGGGCCUCUACCAGCUUAAUAAAGAGCCUUGCCCGGGUGUCAGGGGGCACUGCAGAGUUUAUUACAGGAAACGACCGGAUGCAGUCCAAGGCUCUUAGGUCCCUGAGACGCUCUUUGCAGUCUGUAGUAGAGGAUAUCUCUCUGAGCUGGAGUUUGCCUCCUAAUCUGUUUGCACACAUGCUGUCCCCAGAGCAAACUGUUAUCUUUAGGGGUCAAAGGUUAAUCAUCUAUUCCCUACUGGUUGGACAGAUACCGCAAGAAGAGGCUACAGGUGAAGUAUGUCUCCAGUACACCCUUCACGGGAAAAGUUAUGAGGAAAAGGUGACAUUUUCUCUACAACCCAAGCCUGAUGACAACCUCACCAUUCAUCGUCUUGCUGCGAAGUCCAUGAUCCAGGCCAAAGACUUUGGCUUCAGAGAGACAACAAUGAUAUUUAAAAGAGAUGUGCUGGACAUCAGCCUAGAGUCUGGAGUCAUGAGCUCCUUCACAGCCUUUGUUGCCAUCAACAAGGAGCUCAAUGAGCCAGUCCAGGGCCCCCUGCUUCACAGGGAUAUUCCAAGACCUAUUCUCUUGGGUGGCUCUUCUGCAAGGCCAAGAAAUUCUUCUGAUGUUUUACCCAUGGUUUUACCUUGCUCCGGUGCCCCUGUAUCUCAGCCUCCAAGGAAUAUGCAGAUGAGUUACUGUGCCAUCAUGGCACGCAUGCCAGAGGGCUCACACCAAGAGAGAUAUUACAACCAGAGGAUGAAAUGCGUGAUUCACACAGAUUCGCCCCCCGACCUCCCCAACAUACGCAAAUUGCACACUUAUGAAAAAGGGAGUAUGGAGCACACUGUUGCACAACUGAUCCUUCUCCAAAAUGCAAAUGGUUCCUGGGACAUGAAUGAGGAUUUAGCCAAGGUUCUAGGUACUAGUUUUGAAGACAUGAAGGCUGCACACCCUACUGAGGUGCUGGAACCCUCAGCUUGGGCUACAAUGCUGGCUGUGAUCUGGCUUCAUGCCAAUGGCAAAGACUUGAAGUGUGAGUGGGAACUUCUGGAAAGAAAGGCUGUGGUGUGGCUUCACAACAAUGCAGUCCGUGGCUUCACCAAUCUCAUGCGUACUGCCAAUAAGUUGUUGAAGACAUCUGUGAGUUCCUCCAUCUUCACCUUAAAAGACUGAUGCCCGGAAGAAGGAAGUCUUUUGUUUCUGCCUCCUGCUAAGUCCUUUACCUUCUCUUCUGCUAAGAUGAAUUUUGUCUUGAGUACCUUACAGCCUGUAUCUUACUAUAAACAUGAAGGAUGAGCACACUGCUUUGACUAUCUAUUCUGGCUAGUUUUGGUGUCUGUGUAUCCCCUUUCAGAAGUGCUGGUAGUCAUAGAAGCUAUUUCCCUAUCUUGGAGUAGUAGACAACAUGUGCAUGUAGUAAUAUUUCUCUCAGCUUUUAAAAACAGAUUACACUCUGUCUAAGGACUGCUGCUAGAGAAUGCCCGGAUUCAAUAAUUGUCCUCUUUCUCUGUUUUCUACCCUCCUCUCAUUCUGUAUACUUAUCAUUAUGCACAUUAUAUACUCAAAGAUGAUUUGAACUUUUCCAUUCUCGAAAGAAGUUGGAGGUAAUGUGUAAACAUUCUUCAAGAUCACAGAGAUUCAAGGUUUCUAUUUUGCUCAUUUGUUAGCAUUGGGGCCAUUCUUGAUGCCCCCCCCCCCGUACCUAUGUUCUGUAACUCGUAACUCUCUUUUCUGUCUAAGUGAUUUGAGUCUAGUUGUAUUUGUAAAUAGUUGUUGUCCUUAACCAUUAAUCAUUCUGUAAGAGGUUGGUAAUGAAAUCCUUAGGAUUAGCUUUAACUGACUAGACUCAUGAGUCUGGUUGUGGCCUGGUGUACUCAGAAUUAAUGUAGGUUGUGUUGAGACCUGAACAUGUUUUUCUUCAGCCCAUGAAGAAUGGGGUCUGCUGAUCACUGAGACACUCACUUUUCACAUAUCCUAUCCUAGUAAAUGACCUUAUUCUCUCAGAUUACUCUGUUACCAAUAUUAAAAUGUCUAUUUGUAGUAUGA